AUGACUACCAUCUGGUCCAAGAUCAGAGCCUUCCUGUGCUGCGGCGAGGAGGAGGACGACCGUCCUAUGAACAUUGGCGCACCCACCAACUUCCAGAAGCUUGAAGUUCAACUUCCUGGUCUCUCGGAGCACGAUCGCCCAAUCCCUACCACUUACCCCUUGGACUCUGGCGAAGCUCAGCAUGCCGCUGGUGUAGACCGUACCAAGGUCCACACCAGAGCCUUGAGCAACACCAUCAAGUCAGUCACCACCACUGCGAUCUCGACCGUCGGAGCUAAGGGCUCUGGUUAUUCCGCACUCGCUAACGAAAGUUCUUCGAUACUGCAGCCCCUGAACUCGGAACUUGACGGAACCUCCAACGAGAUGAAGCAUCUGCUACCUCGCAGCACUGGCGGCCGUGGCACAACCAGCAGCAACGAGACCGUCAUUGCAGGGUGUGAAGAGGAAGAUGAAGGCACCAAAACCGUCGUGGGUACAAAGUGA